GUUGCCGUAACCACCUAGCAGCAUAUGAUACUCGCUGACACAGCUUCACCACACCAGAAAAGAACACGCCCAACCGAACCGAACCACCAGCACUACUUCCACCGGCAAUGCUGCCACUAAUUCCACCAGCACCACCGCCUGACCACCCUUGAUCUCACCACCACAAACAGCAGAAGCUUAAAAAAGAAAAGAUGGCACAAAAGCUGAAGCUUAAAGUGCUAACGCUUAUAACAAAACUAUCAGACAGAGACACGUACGCGAUAGCGUCAAGAGAAAUAGAAGGAAUCGCUGAGUCCCUCGAUAACACGACGCUCUCUACUUUCCUCUCUUGCAUUCUCUCCACCGACUCUACCGACAAGCCAUUAGUACGCAAACACUGCCUUCACCUUCUCUCGACUCUCUCUCAUCUCUAUUCUAAUUCUCUCUCCAGUUCUCUACCUAAAAUCCUCUCUUACAUUACUCGCCGUCUCCGGGACCCCGACUCCUCCAUCACCCGCUCACAAUGUUUGACAGCAAUGACCUCUCUCGCUUCCAAAAUCACCAAAGUGCCAUUCUCUACUGCAUUUUUGAAGCAGUUGAGUGAGUCGGUGUUCACGGAGCAGGAAUUGAAUGCGCAGAUUGGAUCCGCUUUGUGUCUGGCUGCGGCGAUAGAUGCGGCGCCGGAUCCAGAACCGGGGAGGUUGGGAAAAGUGUUGCUGCCGAGAUUGGAGAGGCUGGUGAAGAGCGAAGGGUAUAAAGCGAAGUUUGCAGGAUUGGUUGUUGUAGGGAGUGUGAUUGGUGUUGGUGGAGUGAGAGGGACUGGAGGAGGAACUGGAGGUUUGGUUAAGUGUUUGGUUGGGUUUUUGAGUACUGAGGAUUGGAAUUCGAGGAAAGCUGCGGCCGAGGCGUUGAGGAAGUUGGCUGUUGUGGAGAGGGAUGGUGUUGCUGAGUUCAAGAGUGAGUGCUUGAAAGUUUUCGAGAGUCGAAGAUAUGAUAAGGUGAAGGCUGCAAGGGAGGUGAUGAAUGAGACAAUAGAGGCAUGGAAACAGGUUCCGGAUGUUUCAGAGGAGGAAUCUCCGCCUCCUCGAUCACUGGCUUCUUCCAGAGAAGAUGCAAGUGACGGGCGCCACGGGUCUGGAUCCAAAAAACUUCACCUUGCGGGUUCCGAAGCCCCACAAAUGAGGAAAAAAUCCAUUUUGGAUAUCAAGAAUACUCCACCUGACAGUUCAUUAAUAGUAACCACAGCUAGGAAGAGAGGUCCUUUAAAGAGCACUGACGAGAGAACUAAUCCAGCAAUGUUUGGGAAAGUGGACCAGAAGAAGAUGGUGGACUGGAAAGUUGAAAUUUCAGUUCCUAAUAGCAUUUCCUCAACUGCAGCUGGGGAAAAUGAUCUUAAGAUGAAAAAUGCUAAAGUUCCAGAAAAAAGGUUUGCAAAGCCAGAAACAAAACGAUCCCUUUUUAGUAAGAACUCGGAUGACAAGAAACUUAAAUUUGGUGGUUUCAAGUCUGGGUCUCGUGUGGCUCCUUGUCAUGAGGAGAGCCCUCAUUCUACUGUUGUAGCUAGCAGUGGGACUGAAAAUCACCAUAGUAACCACAACGAGUGUGAGGAUUUAUCUUUGAUUCGAUACCAGCUUGUUCAGAUUGAAAGACAGCAAUCUAGCCUGCUAGAUCUUCUGCAGAGUUUUAUUGGGAGCUCGCAAAAUGGGAUGCAUUCCCUUGAGACACGUGUGCGUGGCCUAGAGUUGGCGCUGGAUGAGAUAUCAUAUGAUUUGGCUGUAUCUAGUGGAAGGAUGACCAACACAGAUUCCAACAGAACCACAUGUUGUUUACUACCUGGUGCAGACUUCUUGAGCUCUAAGUUUUGGAAGAAAACAGAAGGCCGGUAUUCAAACUCAAGGAUUUAUUCAUCCAGGGGUACUCCAUUAUCAGCUGUUGUGCGCCAUAGAGCUGAUAGGAAUGGCCAUUCUGAAACAAUCAAUUUGGGGAACCAAAGGUUACGGCUUCAGGGUGGUGGUGGCUUGAUUGUGAAUCCCCUGGCAGAGAUUCAUGGUGGCUCACGGUUGAACUCAGAGGUGACACAACAAUAGCCAAGGAUCAGCAGAUUUGUGGGUUCGCUGCAUAACUGGGAUGGUCCAAUUUCUGUGGAAUCUUCAUUUUAGAAGAAACCAGUAAAUGAAGAAGGGAAAGUUAAAGACUAUCAGUUAGGAGUCCCAGUAAAGCAGCCAAUUCUAUCAUAGCCUUUUGCAGUAAAAGGGUGAAAGAAGACAAUUCAUGCCAUAAUUCUUCAUUUUUGUGUAACAUUCUUUUUCUUCUGUUUCGAGCAUUGCGAAUGCCAACAUAAUGGUGAGAUACAGAGAGAGACAUUCUGAGGUUGGGUGAACAAGCCACCACCAUACAUCCCCAGCCUGGUAUAGAGUUGUUGAAUUUGUGUAGCGAGUACUCUUGUUUCCACAGGAAUGUUUUCAAUUUCUCUUCUUGUUUCCACAGGAAUGUCAGCUUUAGAAAUACUGAAAAAGACCAGGUAUUGCCAUAUCCAUCAGAGCUUUUGUCA